UUCAGUGUUGGUUGGUUGUUUUAGUAACCGAACAGUUACAUGCUAAAUCAUACACAAUGCAAAUCAGUGCUACCGUGUUCAUAUUGGUUCUAGUACUAGGGCAUAGGGAAGAAGUUAGCGGUGCCGCUAUUGCUGAUCGUUUAUCUCCAAUGGCACUCAUUAUCGGUGGCACUGAUGUUGAGGAUGGGAAGGCACCAUAUCUAGCUGGUUUGGUGUAUAACAACUCUGAAACAUAUUGUGGUGGCUCGAUUAUAGCCGCUCGAUGGAUCUUGACAGCAGCUCACUGUGUAACAAACGUUAAUGUUACAAAUUUAACUGUAGUACGGGUGGGAACAAAUGAUAUCUAUGAAGGUGGAUCAAUGUACCAAAUCGAUCGUGUUAUACCACAUGAGCGAUACAGUGCUAAAACAAUCCGCAAUGACGUUGCGCUGCUUCGUCUGAAGACCCCAAUAAAAUUUGAGGAACACGUUCAGAAGAUUGAACUUAACGAGGAGAUCGUUCCGAUUAAUGCUACACUGACAAUUGUUGGAUGGGGAUUCGUUGGAUGGAACAAAGAAAACCCCAAACGAACUCAAGUGAUUAAAGUUCAACAUAUUGGUCUAAACCGUUGUCGAAAGAUGGCAAACGGUAGUGCUAUUUACCCUGAACAUCUGUGUACUUUUUCUAGAGCAGGGCAUGGUCCGUGCAAGGGCGAUUCUGGUAGUCCUGUGGUAUGGAAAGGGAAACAGGUUGGCGUAGUCAGUUGGGCAAUGGCGGAUAUGUGUGCAAUUGGAUUACCCGAUGUACAAGCCAGCAUUAGGUACUUCUAUGGUUGGAUUAAGAAAACAAUGGCAGCUAAUAGUGAUCAUUGAAACCUACAAAACUGAUAUCAGAUGUUAAGCAAUGACAGUAUCAAAUGCGCUCUUGUAGAGGUAAAUGAUAAUAACUUUGGAACCCCCUUUAUUGGCUAUAAAAUGGUUUAUGGUAACGUUUUAUGUUUUCUACUUCUACUCUACUUCAAGUUCUACUUCUUCUUCCUAGAAUCUGACAAAUCGCGAUUAAAAUUGGGGUGUAUCUGCCCGGGUAGCCUGGUAUGGUAAAGGGAAAAGAACUCGAUAUCGGCAGUCUUUAAGCGAUCGGUAAGACUAAUGAAGGUUCUUCUGAAGCGUUUAACUGGAAGGUUGAAUGAGAGAUUCUCAACUGGAGAGUUUAUGAAGAUGUACAUUUGCUUACUUAUAAGCGGGGCGAGGGUCUUAAUUCCAGUUUCGAAUCGACACGAUCUUAGAGCCCAUAUCGGCCACUUUGUUUGCGUAAUGGUUGUUAAUUAAAACCACCAUCAUAUGUCUCUGAAAGGAUUUUUCUGAAAGGAAAGGGUCUUCAAAUGGCAUUUGCGUUAUGUUUGGGUUUUUCUUAUAGCUAAGCCAUAAAUAUUUAACAUAACGUUGGAAUCAUAUGUGGCUUUAAAAUAUAUAAAGAAUGGGAAUCAUAUUUAUUAGUCACAUUAACGGAUAAGAACAUGCAGGAUUUUGAGAAGUUAUGAGUAAAGAUUGUUUAUUUUGUUUAACACCGUA